ACAAGAAAAAUUCACUGUGGUCAAGAAGCAGAUAUCGGUGAGCUGUUCCGAUGGCCCCACUAUGGGGCUCCACUGGCUGGGGAGUGUCUGUCUGUGCAGGUGGUCAACUGCAGCCGUGUAUUCAGCCCUAGGCCUCUAGGGACCCUGGUGAUCUCCCUGCAGCAGCUACAGAAUGCUGGGCAUUUGGUGCUACGGGAAGCCCUAGUGGAUGAGAAUCUUCGAGUGUCCCCGAUCCAGGUGGAGCUUGACCUGAAGUACCAGCCCCCAGAGGGCGCUAUUGGAGCCUGGUCAGAGGAGGACUUUGGGGCACCCAUCCAGGACAGCUUGGAGUUAAUCGUCCCCAAUGUGGGCUUCCAGGAACUGGAGCCUGGGGAGGCCCAGCUGGAGCGGCGGGCAGUGGCUCUAGGCCGCAGGCUAGCUCGAAGCCUAGGCCAGCAGGACGAUGAGGAGAAUGAGCUGGAGCUUGAGCUGGAGCAGGACCUGGAUGAUGAGCCUGACGUGGAACUUUCUGGUCUUAUGUUCAGCCCCCUCAAGAGCCGCACCAGGGCUCUGGCCCAUGGGGAUCCCUUCCAGGUGUCCAGAGCUCAAGACUUCCAGGUACAACUCUUUUUUCAGGGCCUAACCCUUGGGAGUACUUCCUCUUCUGGCACGCAUGUUCUUUCCCUCCACCCAGGCAGGUCUGGCUUCCUUUCCUCAUCCUUCUGUACCUCUCAGGUGGGAGUCACAGUGCUGGAAGCCCAGAAACUGGUUGGAGUCAACAUUAACCCCUAUGUGGCCGUGCAAGUGGGGGGGCAGCGCCGUGUGACCGCCACACAGCGUGGGACCAGUUGCCCCUUCUACAAUGAGGUGGCUGCCACCACAGAAGAGGGCGAGCCUGACAGAAUGGGAGGGGUUGAUUACUUCUUGUUCGAAUUUCAUGACACAUGGCUUCGCCUCCAAGACUUGCUGCUGGAGAUCACGGCUUUCCAUUCGCAGACCCUCCCCUUUAUGGCCACCCGGAUAGGCACCUUCAGGAUGGACCUGGGCAUCAUCUUGGACCAGCCAGAUGGCCAAUUCUACCAAAGAUGGGCUCCGCUGCAUGAUCCCCAGGAUACCCGCGCCGGGACCAAGGGUUUCGUUAAGGUCACCUUGUCCGUGAGGGCGCGCGGGGACCUGCCCCCUCCAAUGCUACCCCCGGCCCCAGGGCACUGUUCGGACAUCGAGAAGAACCUGCUCCUGCCGCGCGGGGUGCCCGCCGAGAGGCCGUGGGCGCGGCUCCGCGUGCGCCUGUACCGCGCCGAGGGGCUUCCUGCGCUGCGCCCGGGGCUGCUGGGCAGCCUGGCUCGCGCCCUGCACGACCAGCGCGUCCUGGUGGAGCCCUAUGUGCGGGUGUCUUUCCUGGGGCAGGAGGGCGAGACGUCGGUGCGCGCCGAGGCGGCGGCGCCCGAGUGGAACGAGCAGCUGAGCUUCGUGGAGCUCUUCCCGCCGCUGACGCGCAGCCUCCGCCUGCAGCUGCGGGACAACGCGCCCCUGGUCGACGCGGCCCUCGCUACGCACGUGCUGGACCUGAGGCGGAUCUCCCAUCCGGGCCGCGCGGCGGGGUUUAACCCUACCUUCGGCCCGGCCUGGGUGCCCCUCUAUGGCUCGCCCCCCGGCGCGGGGCUCCGGAAUGGUCUUCAAGGUCUCAACGAAGGCGUUGGCCAAGGCAUUUGGUUCCGCGGCCGCCUUCUGCUGGCUGUGUCCAUGCAGGUGUUGGAAGGGAGAGCUGAACCUGAGCCUCCCCAGGCCCAGCAGGGGUCCACGUUGUCCCGGCUCACCCGAAAGAAGAAAAAGAAAGCCAGAAGGGAUCAGACCCCAAAGGCGGUUCCGCAGCACGUGGACGCCAGCCCCGGUGCCGAGGGGCCUGAGAUUCCCAGUGCCAUGGAGGUGGAGGUGGAGGAGCUGCUGCCGCUGCCAGAGAAUGUCCUGGCGCCCUGUGAAGAUUUCCUGCUUUUCGGUGUGCUCUUCGAGGCCACCAUGAUCGACCCCGCCGUGGCCUCCCAGCCCAUCAGCUUCGAGAUCUCCAUUGGUCGCGCAGGCCGUCUGGAGGAGCCAUUGGGCCGAGGGUCCAGGGCCGGGGAGGGAACUGAGGGUGCAGCUAUGGAGGCUCAGCCUCUGCUGGGAGCCAGGCCAGAGGAGGAGAAAGAGGAGGAAGAACUGGGGACCCCUGCUCAGCGGCCUGAACCCAUGGACGGCAGCGGGCCGUACUUCUGCUUGCCUCUCCGUCACUGCAAGCCAUGCGUGCAUGUGUGGAGUUGCUGGGAGGACCACACCUGGCGCCUGCAGAGCAGCAACUGCGUGCGCAAAGUGGCUGAGAGGCUGGACCAGGGGCUACAGGAGGUUGAGAGACUGCAGCGCAGGCCGGGGCCUGGCGCCUGUGCACAGCUCAAGGAGGCACUGGAAGUGCUGGUGGCUGGGAGCAGACAGUUUUGCCGCGGCGCCGAGCGCAGGACGAUGACCCGGCCCAAUGCCCUGGAUCGAUGCCGAGGGAAACUCCUGGUGCACAGCCUGAACCUUUUGGCUAAGCAAGGACUGCGACUUCUACGUGGCCUGAGACGGGGCAAUGUGCAAAAGAAGGUGGCUUUGGCCAAGAAGCUCCUGGCAAAACUGCGCUUUCUGACUGAGGAGCCCCAGCCACCCCUCCCCGACGUGCUGGUCUGGAUGCUCAGCGGGCAGCGCCGCGUGGCCUGGGCCCGGAUCCCUGCCCAGGAUGUGCUGUUCUCUGUGGUUGAGGAGGAACGGGGCCGAGACUGUGGGAAGAUCCAGAGUCUAAUGCUCACGGCACCUGGGGCAGCCCCUGGUGAGGUCUGUGCCAAGCUGGAGCUCUUCCUGUGGCUGGGCCUGGGCAAGCAAGCCAAGGCCUGCACCUCUGAGCUGCCCCCGGAUUUGCUGCCCGAGCCUUCGGCUGGGCUGCCCUCCAGCCUACACCGGGACGACUUUAGCUACUUCCAACUCCGGGCUCACUUGUACCAGGCCCGAGGUGUGUUGGCAGCAGAUGACAGUGGCCUCUCGGACCCCUUUGCUCGAGUCCUCAUCUCUACCCAGUGCCAGACCACACGGGUCCUGGAGCAGACGCUGAGCCCUCUGUGGGAUGAACUCCUGGUAUUUGAGCAGUUGAUUGUGGACGGGAGGAGGGAGCACCUGCAGGAGGAGCCUCCAUUAGUGAUCAUCAAUGUCUUUGACCACAAUAAGUUUGGCCCCCCUGUGUUCCUGGGCAGGGCACUGGCCGCCCCGAAGGUAAAGCUGAUGGAGGACCCAUACCAACGCCCGGAGCUGCAGUUCUUCCCCCUGAGGAAGGGACCCCGGGCAGCUGGAGAGCUCAUUGCUGCCUUUGAACUCAUUGAACUGGACUACAGUGGCCGACUUGAGCCCUCAGUGCCCAGUGAUGUGGAGCCCCAGGAUCUGGCACCCCUGGUCGAGCCCCACUCUGGACGCCUGUCCCUUCCACCCAAUGUGUGCCCAGUGCUCAGGGAGUUCCGUGUUGAGGUGCUGUUCUGGGGUCUUAGGGGCCUUGGUCGUGUGCAUCUGUUCGAGGUAGAGCAGCCCCAGGUUGUACUGGAGGUAGCUGGGCAACGUGUGGAGUCUGAGGUCCUGGCCAGCUACCGUGAGAGCCCCAAUUUCACUGAGCUUGUCAGGCAUCUGACAGUGGACUUGCCGGAGCAGCCUUACUUGCAGCCCCCACUCAGCAUCUUGGUGAUUGAGCGCCGGGCCUUUGGCCGCACAGUCCUUGUGGGUUCCCACAUUGUCCCCCACAUGCUGCGAUUCACAUUUCGGGGUCAUGAGGAUCCUCCUGAGGAGGAAGGAGAGAUGGAGGAGACAGGGGAUAUGAUGCCCAAGGGACCUCAAGGACAGAAGUCCCUGGAUCCCUUGUUGGCUGAAGCGGGUAUAUCCAGACAGCUCCUGAAGCCUCCUCUGAAGAAGCUCCCACUAGGAGGCCUCCUGAAUCAAGGCCCUGGGCUGGAGGAGGACAUCCCAGAUCCAGAAGAGCUCGACUGGUGGUCCAAGUACUACGCAUCGCUGCAGGAGCUCCAGGGGCAGCACAACUUUGAUGAAGAUGAAAUGGAUGAUCCUGGAGAUUCAGAUGGGGUCAACCUCACUUCUAUGGUUGGGGAGAUCCAAGACCAGGGUGACGCUGAAGUCAAAGGCACUGUGUCCCCCAAAAAAGCAGUUGCCACCCUGAAGAUCUACAACAGGUCCCUGGAGGAAGAAUUUAACCACUUUGAAGACUGGCUGAAUGUGUUUCCUCUGUACCGAGGGCAAGGGGGCCAGGAUGGAGGUGGAGAAGAGGAAGGAUCUGGACACCUUGUGGGCAAAUUCAAGGGCUCCUUCCUCAUUUACCCUGAAUCAGAGGCAGUGUCAUUCUCUGAGCCCCAGAUCUCCCGGGGGAUCCCACAGAACCGGCCCAUCAAGCUCCUGGUCAGAGUGUAUAUUGUAAAGGCUACCAACCUGGCUCCUGCAGACCCCAAUGGCAAAGCAGACCCUUAUGUGGUGGUGAGCGCUGGCCGGGAGCGGCAGGACACCAAGGAACGCUACAUCCCCAAGCAGCUCAACCCCAUCUUUGGAGAGAUCCUGGAGCUAAGCAUCUCUCUCCCAGCUGAGACAGAGCUGACGGUCGCCAUAUUUGAUCAUGACCUCGUGGGUUCUGACGACCUCAUCGGGGAGACUCACAUUGAUCUGGAAAACCGAUUCUAUAGCCACCACAGAGCAAACUGUGGGCUGGCCUCCCAGUAUGACAUGGAUGGUUACAAUGCCUGGCGUGAUGCAUUCCGGCCUUCGCAGAUCCUGGCGGGGCUGUGCCAACGCUGUGGUCUCCCUGCCCCUGAAUACCGAGCCGGUGCUGUCAAGGUGGGCAGCAAAGUCUUUCUGACACCACCGGAGACCCUGCCCCCAGGCAGCAGCAGCCCCUCAGUGGCGAGUGGGGACCCUGAAGAGGCCCAGGCAUUGCUUGUGCUGCGGCGCUGGCAGGAAAUGCCGGGUUUUGGGAUCCAGCUGGUACCCGAGCAUGUAGAAACCAGGCCUCUCUACCAUCCCCACAGCCCAGGGCUGCUGCAGGGAUCUCUUCACAUGUGGAUUGACAUCUUUCCUCGAGAUGUGCCUGCUCCACCCCCAGUUGACAUCAAGCCUCGGCAGCCAAUCAGCUAUGAGCUCAGAGUUGUCAUCUGGAACACGGAGGAUGUGGUUCUGGAUGACGUGAAUCCACUCACCGGAGAGAUGUCGAGUGACAUCUAUGUGAAGAGCUGGGUGAAGGGGCUGGAGCAUGACAAACAGGAGACAGACGUUCACUUCAACUCCCUGACUGGGGAGGGGAACUUCAAUUGGCGCUUUGUGUUCCGCUUUGACUACCUGCCCACCGAGCGGGAGGUGAGCGUCCGGCGCCGGUCUGGACCCUUUGCCCUGGAGGAGGCUGAGUUCCGGCAGCCUGCAGUGCUGGUCCUGCAGGUCUGGGACUAUGACCGCAUCUCUGCCAAUGACUUCCUUGGAUCCCUGGAGUUGCAGCUAUCAGACAUGGUGCGUGGGGCCCGGGGCCCCGAGCUCUGCUUUGUGCGGCUGGCCCACGAUGGGGCCGGGCCAAGGUGCAAUCUGUUUCGCUGCCGCCGCCUGCGGGGCUGGUGGCCGGUAGUGAAGCUGAAGGAGGCAGAGGAUGUGGAGCGGGAGGCGCAGGAGGCUCAGGCUGGCAAGAAGAAGCGAAAGCAGAGGAGGAGGAAGGGCCGGCCAGAAGACCUGGAGUUCACAGACACGGGUGGCAAUGUGUACAUCCUCACGGGCAAGGUGGAGGCAGAGUUUGAGCUGCUGACUGUGGAGGAGGCCGAGAAACGGCCAGUGGGGAAGGGGCGGAAGGAGCCAGAGCCUCUGGAGAAACCCAGCCGCCCCAAAACUUCCUUCAACUGGUUUGUGAACCCGCUGAAGACCUUUGUCUUCUUCAUCUGGCACCGGUACUGGCGCAUCCUGGUGCCGCUGCUGCUACUGGCGCUGCUCACUGUCUUCCUCCUCCUGGUCUUCUACACCAUCCCUGGCCAGAUCAGCGAGGUCAUCUUCCGUCCCCUCCACAAGUGACUCUCGCUGACCUUGGACACUCACCCAGGGUGCCAACCCUUCAAUGCCUGCUCCUGGAAGUCUUUCUUACCAAUGUGAGCUACCCCUUCCUCUGAAUAAACCUAU